AUGACUCCAACCCACCUUUCUGGUCCCCUCGUGCUCUUUCUCCUGCUCGUAGUCACGGCCCUCGCAACCGUAACCAGAUACAGCGUCCCCAUACCAGCAGGAACCCUCAUCCUGCAGACCCGCCAGCAGCUCAACGACAUGGCAGCCGCCUACUCUAUGGGGACAUUGGAUGAUCGCAACGGCGGCUAUUACCUACUCGACCACGACGGCGAAGUUCUGGCCGUGGCAGCAGAUGGCUUGUGCGCAGAGCUCGACGUUUCGAUGAGAUCGGCGAGAAGAGUCUACGAGCAGCGCUCGCGCCCGGAUUCAUAUAGUGGAGAGUUCCAGGAGGUUACCCUCCAGAGCCAUGAGGGACAACUAGGGAGAAGCGAUGAGCACUCGUGUUCUCAUCCUCGUUGUUAUACGCAUGCGCUGUGUGAAACUUAUAGUGAUUGCUUUGUAUGCUCCUCGAAUCAUCAUUGGUGUUACUAA